AUGGCGACCUCGUCGUUGCUGUUGCUCAUGCUCGCUGGCUCUUCGGCGCUCCGCUUGCCUGUCGGUACCACGCCUGCCGUCGCCGUGUCGCGAGCGCCGGCCACAGCGAUGCUGUUCGGCGCGCAGGGCCAGUCAUCGAAAAACCCCGUCAAGAAGGCGAAGAAGGAGGAGCAGCCGGAGGGCGGUUUCGGUGGGUUUGUCCGCUUCAUCACGACUGGUGGCCAGACGAUCAACGAUUUCGGCAUCAGCCCGACGGUAGUGGCCGGCGCGGCCGCCUGGAUCCUGUUUGCGGGCAACAUCCUACUCGGUGCUAAUAGCGGCUACAGCCAGUGA